AUGGAGUCCGUCAGAGCAGUCGAGAAGCGAGUCGCGAAGAAGAAGCAGGUGUACAAGCCGAUCCUCGAUAAUCCGUACACCAACGAGGCGGAGCUGUGGCCGCAUGUCAGAGAGCAGAGCGUUGUUGUGGAGCUGUUGUUGAACGCCGUGCUACGGCCGCUGCGGCACGCCCGCGAGCUCGGUGGAGCGCCUCCGUUCGAGGUGCACACCGGCUACAACGACGUGAUGGAGCGCCUGGGCUGCGCCGAGAGUGGUACUGCGCUGCUCUUUGUGUGCACUCGAGACGGCACGCCCGCCGUGCUCCUGUCCCAGGUACCACUUGCGGCGCAUGUCUCGGCGCUGGACGUGGCUGUGGUGCAGCUGCCCUGCGGCACGCUGGCGCGCUUUGACGAGCAUCUCCCUGGCACGCCGCACGACGGCAUGUUGCUGGUCCCGGAGACUGCGGCCGUGGACCCCGCGUUCGUGCAGAAGGUCAGGGCAAGCGUGGAGCGAAGAGCAAUACCCUGGCUGGAACCGCUGCGCUACAAGAAGGCCCCUGUAAAACUGCUACGGACGGUGAUGCCGCUGCGCAGCACCAAGUAG